AAAGCGCUGAAAAAAUUUGCCACGUGUUAUAUGUCCCACGUCAGACAGGAAUGUGACCCAGGCCAAGCUGGUUGUUGUUCCAGAGCCACAUGAUGGAAACGCAUGGUGACAAUUUCAAGCCUUUACAGCUCUAAUAAGCACGCUCUGAAUCUAACAGCCAGUCAGAAGGAGCCGCAUCACCUCCUUUCCUCCCCAUGUCCAAUCACUCUAACUUUAUUUCUACUUGAGGUCCUCCCGUCAGCUCCCGUGAGAAGACCAGCAGAUAUGGACAGAAAUGUGAUUAGGAUCUUGAUGCCCCUACUUCUGGUCGCCCUGGGUGUAGCAGAGACCACAGACCCUUUGACAGAUUUGGAAAAUAUUGCUGGGAAGCUGGUUUUCUAUCAGAUGGAGGGAAAUGCCACCUAUGUGAGGGACACAGGAGAACUGGCUUCAGAUGUUCCCACUGAGACCAUGUUUGAACUCUUCGACCCACAAAAGAAUUUCAGCCAGGCAAAGUUCACUUAUACUUGGGACUUAGGGAACGGAGAGGUGAUCCAAGGGACUGAGCCAGUUGUCCGCUAUCAUUACUCAGAAUCAGGGAACUACACACUGCGGCUGAAAGUGGGAGUGAAUGUGACCAAAUAUAUACCUCUACUCACUGACGUCUACUCCAUGGAUGUCAAAGUGCUAGAUGCCAUUAAAAACAUCGAGCUGAAGGGGCCGUCAGAUUAUGAGGUGUCUCAGAACACCACUUUGGCUUUUCACGUCGAUGGAAGUCCUCCCAUGUGGGUGUGCUGGCGUUUCCUGCCCAACUGUGUGCAGGACAUGACAGGGGGCUGCACACUGACCAUGCUGCACGAAAACACUCUGCAACUGAACCUCACCUUCACCUCAGCUGGCGUCCACUGCUUGGACAUCAGCGUUCGCAAUGACAUCAGCAAGCUGCAGAGCUCCUUCAGCCUCUACGUCAAGAGAAGCAAUAACACCCACAUGUUCUUCAUCCUGUCAUGUGCAGCCGUUCUCGUAGCAACCUUCACAUUCAUCAUAGUCUUCGCCUGCCGCCCUCGCCAUCACAACAGAUCACAGAUUGCUGCUUCCAGUAACACUGUAUUCCUGAAGAACCAAGACCCUGAAGGUCAAGGCAUGAUUCUUUUUAACUUCACCAACAUGGAGAGAGGAGAGAAAGAGCCUCUCCUUUUGCAGUAUGAGACUCAGUACUUCUCUUAAGCAUCUGUGUUCCAGCAUACUGUGGCUACAUGUACAGCUAGGCAGAAGAAAAAGCACAAUUAUGGUGUUAUAGAAGUAAUAACAAUGUCAUCUUGCAUACCCCUAUGUAUGUAGCUAAAUCUGUGAAUGAUCAAGUUGAAAAAGCAGCAGUGCCUGUAUUUAUUUAGGACUAUGGUCUUAGCUGUGUUAAUUAACGCUUUAGUCACUAAUGUUCAGUAAGCUAGUAAGUCAAGUGCCUUCUGGAUUUUCCAUCAACUAGAUAAUGAUGAUCACUUAAUGGGUCACAGAGCUCAGGCUGACAUUCAGAUGAACUCAUAAUAAAUUAAUACAAGGGCAGGUCAUGUUUAAACAAUGAGAGUUCUAUUGAGCAUGCUGUGAAUGGGAUGAGACUACUCAUUUAUUUGUGUUUUUAUCACAUUGAUUGACAAAUGUGAACCUUGCUUUGCUCUGAUUUCCCCCCCCAAAAAAAGAAUAAAACACAUGUCAUUUAAAUAAACCUUUUUCUUGCAGUGCUAAAUUUAAUUUAAGCAAUUAGUAUACAAAUAUAUCAACAAACUUUACAAUUAUUUUACCAACAGAUGAUGAUAUAAAUGUUACAAAUCAUACAAUAUGAGCAAUGUCAGAUGUUAAUCAACCUGCUAAUUUGAAAAGGUACCGCCAAUUAAAUUCCACAAAGACAGAGCAAAAUGUUUUUACUAAAAUGUAAUACUUAUUUUUUUGUUUUCCAAGCUUUCUUUGGAGCUGUUUCACCCACUAUUUAUUUAAUUAUUUGCGGCUGUGGGACUCUCCUCCCUUUCCUUUGUGCAUUGUGUUGUGGGAGAAUAGUGUACAUUAACAGACAAAUCAAAGGUAUUUCGUACGCACAUUUUCUGCUUUGAAGAUACUUUAAUUUGCCACUUUUCCAGGGUGAACACACCACAUACUGGUCCUGCUUAGAAUCACUAUGUAUUAUGGAUUUGGUACAUGAUGUGAGAGCCUACAGCCAUGUAAGCAGCUCUGUGAAGCUGUAUUUGGGCACAGCAGUGAGAGAUAAAUGCUAAUAUCACAAUGCUAACAUGCUGAAUAUUUAGCAAGUGUAAUGUUUACCACAUUGACUGUGUUAAUUUACCACAGUAGCAUGCUAACAUUUGCUAAUUGGCACUAAACACAAAGUACAGUCAAGAGUGAGUUUGUAGGUAUUUAUAAAACUCAUGGUGGCCCUUGAAUCUUUUCCAACUGCAGAUUAUCUUUAUGCCAUUUAUGGUGUUUAAUGACAGCUUGUCCUCUGUUAGAGGUGUCACAACAUUAUUAAUUGUGUCUCCUGAUGAAUGCCAGCUGUCUGAGGCACUGUGGGGUGCUGCAGGUGCUAAAAAGAAUACUUCCUUCAGAAGCUCAACCUUGAAAAAGUUGCAAACUUUCUUGUCUGUCUGCUGUUUGGUGCAGAGCAGGUAGUGUACAAUGAGUUUUAGGGCUCUUUUGCAGAAAAUAGCUACCUGAAACGGCCAAACAUAUAGUGUGUGGACGUGGACCAAAACAGUAAAGUUGCUGGGCAGAAAACCAAAUUAAUUAAAUAAAAAGGACAGUAAAUGUUAAAAUGUGGAGCUGAGAGGAGCUGCAGAGUUUGGUGGUAAUUCUCUAUGAGCAACCCCUUCCACAUUACACAAAGUAAGUUAUUAUUGACCAAAGUGGAGUUGGACCGAUAUUGCCACCCCUAGUGCCACCCCUUCACCAAACACACCUUUUCAAAAUGAAGAAAAUUGCACCCUACUGUUGUAAACACUGACUCUGUCAUACAGUUUUUGUGUUUGCGUGCUGUUUUAGGUUCAAGGUAAUUCGCUUGUUAGUCUUCAUUAUAACUCUUCUUUAUGUUUCAUGUGUCAUU